CUGCGCAAAGUGGCAUCAUUUAUAGGUUAUAGUGGCAUCAUUUAUAGGUUAUGGUUAUAGUGCUUUUCUUGAUAAAAUUAUGUCGCACAACCAUUUAUUUCUCCCGUCUGGAUUUCCACGAGCACCUCUCGGUCUUGGAAUUGGACGUUACGUCUGUCAACUGCAGAGGAUAACUUUGAAAUUCUGCAAAAGCCAUGGCACAAGCCGAGGAAUUAGAGGUUUUAUAGAACACGAUCUAGUACAAUAUGCGAAAGAUAAUCCAGGAAUCGUUGUGUAUGUUAAACCAAGAAGACACAAGCAUCCAGUUCUAGUCGCUGAAUAUUUAAAUGGCGGUAGACAAUGGAUGGACAUUGCUAAUUACAGUCGAGAUGAUAUUAUAAAGUGGAUGGAGUUGUUUCGCACUCAGAUUCACAACAGUGCUGCAUUGAGACUGCGUAAGCUGUGGCAUACAGAUUUCCCAUCAAUCCAAGGCCCCUGGACACCAUUUACCUUUAAAGAUCCAGAAUUAAACCUGGCAAAAUUUCCUAAUAAGGAACUUGGUAAAGCUGUUAAAUAUCAUCCUACAGCAACAGAAGAACUCAUCAAAUUAUUCGAAGCUCAGCAGUUGGCUGAUGAUAACAAGACAGAUGAAUCUAUAGCAACUCAAGAUGCCGAACAAAUUCAAAGAGCAUGAUUUGUAAUAGUUUUUCUUAUUUUUAAUCUUUAUAAUGUAUAUAAUAUUAAAUAUACAGUACAGAAAGUAGAAUCAUA